UAGGACCAUGAACUUCUGAAGUUGCUGCUGCUGUUCCUCUCUCUCUGAAUGAAGAUUGAGCUUCACCCCAGACUGCAACUUCCUUCCUCUCUCCAACAUCUAGUAUUUGAUAUGAAAACUGAAGUUUAAAAAACAACAGAUGAAGGGCUUAUGCCCAAAACACCGACUCUCCUGCUCCUCAGAUGCUGCCUGACCUGCUGUGCUUUUCCACACUUUUCGACUCGGACUCCCAAGCGUCUGCUGUCCUCAAUUUCAAGUCAAUGUCUGACAGUCGUUCAGUCCAUUGGGCCUGUAACGAGUUUUGACUAAGAUUCUGUGAGAAGGAGCAAAGUUUUUUGGUCCCUGUUUCAGUACGUUUUCAGCAUCAGUGGGACGGAAUGAGAGAUCCUACUGUUACAGUGCACUGAGUGUGGAACCUAAAACAGUUAUUCAGCCUGGAAAGAGGAAUUCACGGUGGGGAGGGACUGUACACAUGUUUGUGUACCGCUGAAGCUUCAGCCAUGGAGAAACCCGAGGAAUCCCUCCCCGUGGAGAAAUCUUGGAAGUGUGGCGACUGUGGGAAAGGCUUCCAUGUCCCGUCUGUCCUGGAGGCUCAUCGGCGCAGUCACACUGGGGUCAGGCCAUUCUCCUGCCCUGAGUGUGGGAAGGGGUUCAGCAGUUCCUCCACCCUGCUGAGGCACAGACGGGUCCACACAGGGGAGAGGCCCUUCAGCUGCUCCGAGUGCGGGAAGGCCUUCAGCAAUUCCUCUGACCUACUGAAGCACCAGCGUGUCCACACCGGGGAGAGACCAUUUGCCUGCCCAGAGUGCGGGAAGGGGUUCAGCAGUUCCUCCGCCUUGCUGACCCACCAGUGGGUCCACACAGGGGAGAAGCCCUUCAGCUGCCCCAAGUGUGGGAAGGCCUUCACCCAGGCCUUUUCCCUGCUGAGGCACCAGAGUGUCCACACCAGGGAGAGACCAUUCGCCUGCCCAGAGUGCGGGAAGGGGUUCAGCGAUUCCUCUGCCCUGCUGACCCACCGGCGGGUCCACACAGGGGAGAGGCCUUUCAGCUGUCCUGAGUGUGGGAAGGCCUUCACACAUGCCUCCAACCUGCUGACCCACCGGUGGGUCCAUACCAGGGAGACGCCCUUCAGUUGCCCCGAGUGUGGGAAGGCCUUCAGCAAUUUCUCCCACGUGGUGAUCCACCGGCGGGUCCACUCCGGGGAGAGGCCAUUCACUUGUCCUGAGUGCGGGAAGGCCUUCAGCAAUUCCUCUGACCUACUGAAGCACCAGCGGGUUCACACCGGCAAGCGGCCCUUCAGCUGCCCUGUGUGUGGGAAGGCCUUCACCCAGUCCUGCAACUUGCAGAGGCACCAGCGGGGGCACCAGCGCUCCCAACAAUCGGAUUCUGCCGGUGAGGCUGCUGUGGGUCACCCCCAGGACUGAACCUCCUGCCCAGUCUGACAGUGGGAGAGUUGGUGGGCUUGUUUUGUUUUCUGCUGGACAGCACCCACUCCCACGGUGGCUCAGUGGUGAGUAGCAUUGCCUCCCAGUGCCAGGGACCUGGCUUUGAUUCCACUAUUGGGGCAACUAUCUGUGUGGAGUUUGCACAUUCUCCUCCUGUGCCUGUGUGGGUUUCCUCUGGGUGUUCCGGUUUCCUCCCACAGUCCAAAGGUGUGCAGGCAGGGUGGAUUGGCGAAGCUAAAUUGUCCCAGUGUUCAGGGAUGUGUAGGUGUGGUGUAUUAGUCAGGGGAAAUGUCGAGUA